UGCCCCCUCUGGAGCCCUUCCCGGCAACUUUGCAGUCAUACUCAGCGGGCCGCAUCCAUGUCAUGGGAAUGUGUGCCGUGAGAGUACAGUUCCGGGACAAACAGGCGGUACUCAAACUGGUGAUUGCGAAGGGCAGUCGCCCCAGUCUCCUGGGCACUGACUGGUUCCCCGCCCUGGGACUGAGUAUAUCAGGGCUUAAUUCAAUCCAAACCUGCCCUGAGAUGAGCGAGGCAUUAUGCAAAGAAUUUGCUGGUCUCUUUAAUGGAAAACUGGGUUGUUAUAAAGGGCCCCCAGUUGACUUCGAAUUGGACCCUGGGGUGGCCCCAAUCCGACUCAAACCAAGGCGAGUGCCAUUUGCACUGCAACCCAAGAUCGAAGCAGAGCUGGAUAAAUUGGUCAAGCAGGGAGUUCUCUCACCCGUGGACUCUGCUAAGUGGGAGACUCCAAUCGUCACGCCCCUUAAAGCAAAUGGGGAAGUCAGGAUCUGUGCAGAUUACAAAUGUACUAUCAAUAAGGCACUCAGGGGAAACUCAUACCCCAUUCCAGUCGUAUCACAUCUGUUGGCUAAACUGGCUGGGGGCAAGGUGUUCGCCAAAAUUGACCUGGCACAAGCUUACCAACAGCUGCCAGUAACCCCACAAUCAGCGGAAGCACAGACUAUUGUCACACAUAAAGGGGCGUUCAGAGUUAACAGAUUACAAUUUGGAGUUUGUGUGGCCCCAGGGAUUUUUCAAGGGCUCAUGGAACGCCUGUUAAGAGGUCUGCCGGGGGUCUUGCCAUUUUUUGAUGACGUUUUGAUUGCUGGAAAAGACCCACAGGAACUGGUUGCGCGUGUCCGUGCAGUGUUGCUCAAGUUCAAGGAGGUGGGGUUGCAACUGAAAAAGGAAAAAUGCAGUUUUGGGGUGCCAACUGUGGAUUUCUUGGGGUUUAAAAUUGAUGCAUCAGGAAUCCACCCCACAGAUGCUAAGAUUAAGGCCAUCAUCGAGGCACCACGACCACAGAACAAGACGGAGUUGCAGUCAUUCCUGGGACUUAUUAACUUUUACCAUUCGUUCUUACCCCAGAAAGCUUCGGUAGCUGAACCAUUACAUCGACUGUUGCAGAAAAAGAAUGUGUGGCGAUGGGGGCAGGGGCAGCAGAAGGCUUUUGACUCCUUGCGAGGAAUGCUGAGUAGCAGGAGCGUCCUUGCUCAUUAUGAUGAGUCGAAGCCGCUGGUCCUGGCAUGUGAUGCCUCUCAAUACGGCCUGGGGGCGGUGCUGAGUCAUAGGGAACCGGAUGGGUCGGAAAAGCCCAUCUCUUUCUAUUCCCGUACGUUGUCGCCCACGGAGCGCAACUAUGCUCAAAUUGACAAAGAGGCGCUUGCAAUUGUGGCAGGGAUCAAAAAGUUCCAUGAUUAUGUGUAUGGUCGCCAUUUCUCCAUUGAAAUGGACCACAAACCACUGUUAGGGUUGUUCAACCCGAACAAACAAACGCCACAAAUUCUCUCCCCCAGAAUGUUGCGUUGGUCUAUAUUCCUGAACGGGUUCCAGUACACCUUGACCCAUGUGCCGGGGAAACGGUUGUGCCACGCUGAUGCGCUGAGUCGAUUGCCUCUUCCUGGCGGGAGCAAUGAGGAUCCUGCUCCAGCGGAGCACAUAAUGAUGCUGGAAACACUUCCGGGGGCUCCUGUAACGGCUACUGAUAUAGCUGAGAAAACAAGGAAAGAUGCUGUUCUCUCCCGUGUGCUCACUUGGGUGGGGAGGGGGUGGCCAGGUGGUCCGCAUGAAGACAAAUUCAGGCCUUAUGCGACAAGGCAGCACGAGUUGUCCAUGCAUAAGGGUUGUCUCCUGUGGGGAGAUAGGGUGAUCAUCCCAGCACCACUGAGAAACAGGGUUCUUGAGACGCUUCACAUGGGACACCCGGGAAUGGUCAGGAUGAAGUCGCUAGCCCGAUGUUAUGUGUGGUGGCCUGGAAUGGACCAGAACAUAGAACAAUGGGUACGAACAUGCAAGGCAUGCCAAGAGGUGCGGCCAGAAGUGGCCAGAGCACCAGUUCACUGGUGGGAGCAGUCCAGAUCUCCCUGGAGCCGGCUGCACUUAGAUUUUGCUGGGCCAUUCCAGGGGAAGGUCUUUUUGGUUAUCGUCGAUGCAUAUUCCAAAUGGUUAGAAGUGGCGAUGGUCCCUAGCAUGGCAUCAGCUGCCGUAAUCAAGGUGUUGAGGCAGCUGUUUGCAACCCACGGGUUACCUGAGACCAUUGUAUCAGAUAAUGGGGCAGCUUUUGUAUCCCAAGAAUUCAGGGCAUUCUUAGCUGAUAACUUCAUAAGAGGGGUCACAUCCGCGCCCUUUCACCCAUCCUCCAAUGGGCAGGCUGAGCGCAUGGUAAGAACAGCCAAAGAAUCCAUUGCGCGCUUAAUGGAGGGUAACUGGUCAGCUCGCAUCGCGCGAAUGUUAUUUUUGCAGCAUGCGACGCCGUGUACUGCGACGGGCAAGUCGCCAGCUGAGCUGCUCUUGGGUAGAAGACUGGUAACGGUGCUGGAUUAUGUCCACCUCGAUAAAAUGCCAAACCGUAAUUCAAGAGCAACCCCCCAGGCUGAGGCUGACACAACAAGGUAUCUCGCCCCUGAAGAUCUGGUCUGGGUGAGGAACUAUUCACGAGGUUCGCGGUGGGUGGCUGGUGUGGUCACCCGGACUAGUGGACCUGUGUCCUAUUAUGUGACCUUGGAAAAUGGGCAAGUUUGGAAGAGACAUAUAGAUCAGCUGAGGCGCCGGGCGCUCAGCAGGGAGGGGUCAGAUAAUUCAUCCCUGGCUAACGACGCAGAGCUGCAAGACCAGAGUGAAAAUGGCCCAGAGGUGCAGUCACCAGGGGCUUCAGCAAAUGAACCAGGGUCUGCUAGUCCUCAGGAUGACGAGGUACAGGUAGGGGACCCUGCGAUGUCUGGGACUCCAUCUGUUCCUGACGAAACCCCUAUAGCACCCCCUCUACCACAGGUAACAUCCAAUCCAGAACCGGCAACACCUGUUGUCAGGAGAUCAAGUAGAAGUUGUAGGACCCCACAGUACCUGAGAGAUUACGUCUGCGGUGCUCACUAGGGGGGGGAGGGGUGUUGUGUAUUGAGUCAAAGGAUUUUAUAUCUGUAUUAUUAUUGUCUGUAUUUGCAUUAGGGUAAAGUAACUGCCUUUUGGUUCCAGAGGGUACAGCUACUAUUGGUUCAUUUAAGCUGCUGUAUUUGGAUCCUCUGUCUUAUUGGUUUCCUCCAAAAGGCAGGACUGUGAUUGCCUGAUAUUGUUCCCUCCAAAAUGUAUCCUUUCUAGCUAGUUCCCUGUCCCUAUAAAUGUAGCUCUCCCCUCCUCAGUUCUCAGUCUUGUUUGCUUUAAUAAAGAAGUGUUACUACAGAACUGUCUCCAGCAUAUUAUGUCAAGAGAGCUGAAAUCACAAACCCCACGUCACA